UGCGCGUAAACGCCCCUGUGAAGCGCGCUCCCGUGUCCUGUGUGUGUGUGUGUGUGUGUGUUUCAGUGUCAGUGGUUCUGUGCGCAAAGUUGGUUCCUGCGGUUCUCCUGGUUCUGCCGGGUCUCCUGGUUCUGCUGGUUCUUCCUCCUCCUCCUCCUCCUCUUCCUCCUCCAACAUGCGGCCGUGGGCUCCACCUGCCCGGGCGGGGGUCUGAGCGGCUCUGCUGCAGCGUGUGUCCGCCCUGUGGUGCGUGUGAGCCGGGGGAACUCAGCAGCGACCCCCUGAGGCGCCUCUCCUCUUCUCCUUUGUCAAUCAUCGUCCUUCUCUCUUUUCCUGUCGCGUCAUUCAUGGAACCGACGCGCUCCGGCUGAGCCCGUCGCUGUUUUCCGUGCACACGCAGCCGAAGAUGGAGACGGUGAUGGAGCGGGAGUGCAGCGCGCUGGGGGGGCUCUUCCAGACCGUCAUAGGAGACAUGAAGGGAAGUUACCCUGUGUGGGACGACUUCAUCAGCAAGGCCAGCAAACUGCAGUCCCAGCUCAGGUCGACGGUCGUGGCGGUGGCGGCCUUCCUGGACGCCUUCCAGAAAGUGGCCGACCUGGCAACAAACAGCCGAGGCGGGACGAGGGACAUCGGUUCAGCUCUCACCAGGAUGUGCAUGAGGCACCGAAGCAUCGAGGCCAAGCUCCGCCAGUUCUCCAUGGUGUUUCUGGACUGUCUGAUCAACCCACUCCAGGAGCAGAUGGAGGAGUGGAAGAAAGUUGCCAACACUCUGGACAAAGACCACGCCAAAGAGUAUAAGAAGGCUCGUCAGGAGAUCAAGAAGAAGUCGUCCGACACUCUGAAGCUGCAGAAGAAAGCAAAGAAAGCUGAUGUCUUUGGCCGUGGAGACCUGCAGCCUCAGCUGGACAGCGCCAUGCAGGACGUCAGUGAUAAGUAUCUGUUGCUGGAGGAGACGGAGAAGCAGGCGGUGAGGAAGGCUCUGGUGGAGGAGAGGACUCGCUUCUGCUGCUUCGUCUCGAUGCUGAGGCCGGUUGUGGAGGAGGAGAUGUCCAUGUUGGGGGAGAUCACUCACCUGCAGACGCUGAAUGACGACCUGAAGGCGUUGACCAUGGACCCUCACAAGCUGCCCGCCUCCAGCGAGCAGGUAAUCGAGGACCUGAAGGCCUCAGACUGCACCUGGUCGUACCAAACUCCGCCCUCAUCGCCGAGCACCACAGUCUCCAGGAAGUCCAGCAUGUGCAGCAGCCUGAACAGCGUGAACAGCAGCGACUCUCGCUCCAGCGGCUCGCACUGUCACUCCCCCACCUCCCACUUCCGUUACCGCGCCUCCUCCUCCUCCUCCUCCUCGGUGCUCCCCCAGCAGACACCGGCCCGCCUGUCCUCGGUCUCCUCCCACGACUCUGGCUUCAUCUCCCAGGACGCCUUCCAGUCCAAAUCGCCUUCGCCGAUGCCUCCGGAAACCUCACAGUCAUGCGUCUCUCCUAUACGCUGUCAGUCUGUCAAUGAGGAGCUUUCCUCUUCCUCAUCUUCCUCACCCUCGCACCAUGACCCUCGCUCUGCAACACAACAGUUGUCGAACGGUUUUGAGCACCACGCUGCCCUCUGUCUGCACGGAGUGGUACAUCCGGCCCAGGACACCCACCUCCACCCUCCAUACUUCACCUCCUUCACCACCACCACCACCUCUCCCAUCUCCUCGCCCUCCUAUUCGUCCGUUUCUCCCACGUGGUCGUGGUCUCGUUCAGGCUCCGGCCAAUCAGGAGAGUUCCCGCCACUCAGCCCCCCGGGGCCGGGACCGGUCCCGUCAGCUCGAGUCCCGUCCUGGAAGGACUGGGCCAAACCAGGUCCGUACGACCAGCCGAUGGUCAACACCCUGAGGAGGAGCAAGGACCGGAGAGAGACUACAGAUCCCAGCAGCCACCAGGGCGCGGAUGUCACUGCACCAGGGGAGGAGCCACACGGGGUUAAAGGAAGCCACUCCCUGACAUCGCCCAAGGAGGACAGGGAGGUCCAUGAGGAGCUGGCCCGAGUUCUGGCCCGUGGUCUCCAGCUGGACAUCCAUGGCUCCAGUAGAGACUCGCUGCAGGGCUCCAGCGGCUACAGCAGCCAGACCCACACACCGUGCUGCUCAGAGGACACCAUCCCCUCACAAGUGUCGGACUGUGACUACUACACGGUGGGAUUGGAUCAGGACAGCGAGCAGCAGUCGUCGGACUUCGAUAAAUCCUCCACCAUCCCCAGAAACAGUGACAUCAGUCAGUCGUACCGCCGCCUGUUUCAGUCCAAACGUCCUGCCUCCACUGCCGGCCUGCCCUCCAACCCCGCCGCUGUAAACACCCCCGGAGUUGCCACCAUCCGACGGACGCCGUCCUCCAAACCUAACCUGCGUCGACCCUCCGGGGGCCUCAACCUGGGCCCCAUCCCCAUCAAGCCCCCCAUGAUCCCCGUGAAGACCCCCACAGUGCCUGAACAUCCCGGUUUCCCCAGCAGGGCGCUGUCAGAGGACGGCAACACGCCGCGGACCCCACUCAGCCCCGCGACCACACCUCUGUCACCGGGCAGCAACGGGCCGUUUUUGCCAAAGACCCGCCCCUGUGACACCCCGCACCUCUUAAAGGGGUCCGAUCCUCCAACCCCACCGCCGCAGCCCGGUGGGCGGGUGUCAGAGUGGGAGCGCCGGCCUCUCCCAGAGCUCCUGGAGGAGUCGGAAUACGGUGAGGUGGAGGACUUUCUGGUGGCCAUACGGCGAGGAGUCAAACUCAAGAAGACGACGACCAAUGACCGAUCAGCGCCGAUAAUUUACUGAGAGGAGAAGGGUUUGUUUGACGUCCCUGACUGAGUUUCAGUUAAUAUACUGUUAAAGGGACACGAGGUGGUUACUGUCAAGGAAAAGCAAACGGAAACUACGACGUCAAAUGAAGGUCAAGAAUAAGAAGUUGCCCAGAGACGCUGGUCGAGGAUCAGUGUAAUAAUGUGAUGUCAUUUUGGUCUUGUGAGGACGUUUUUGAUUUAAAGGUUAAAAAUGCACCUUCCCUGUUUGGCCAUGUUAUUAAUUUAAUGGAUACGUGGUUCAGAGUUUACAUCCAUAUGCUCAUACUGGAGUUUGAACGUUUCUUCUCUGAUGCAAACUGAAGGCAGUCCUUCAAAAUCCGUCCUGAACAUUCAACCUUCUGUAAAGUAUCAGACUUCUUCAGGCUGAGAAUUCUGGUGCUGGAGAAACAAAGUGAAAACCUUUAGCUUCUUAAAGUUAACAAUUCAAAUUGCACUUGACUAAUCUCAGUAAAGUUCCGCUGUGAGUUUCCCACUGGGAUCAUUGAUCCGAGAUCAUUUCCUCAGGGCAACUUGUGAACGUUGUGAACGAGGUCUUUCUUCUUGGAGCAGAAGCGACUGAAUCUAAACUAAAUCUGACUGCGUGUAUUAACGGGAAGAAGUGACGAUAGAUGAAGUAGAGGAAAAACUCUCAAAGAGAUGACGGAGUAUUUUCAAAAGAUCAAAAUUGAUUUGUAUAUACAUAUUUAUAAUUUGACGUGUUUGUAUGUUUUGUCAUAUGCUCCCUUUACACCUAAUAGUCCCAUUUCCCCAUUAAAGGUGCCAAAAGCCUUCGUGCUGAAUUUAACUUAAAUAUUCUCUAUUUAAUUGAAACGAUGCUGGAUUUGUUUUCCUGUAAAAACAUAGAUAUGGUGUUUGAAAGAGAAUAAAAACCACCUGAAGAAAUCCCUGAGCUCCUCCUGAGCUGAGAGGACUUGUAUAUGUCGGGUUAGCAGAGUGGAGAGGGGCAUGGAACCAUUUUAAUAGCACAUAAGGUUUUUUUUGUUGUUGCAGCCAUUAACACAUAAAGUAGAUUGACCUGCAUGUUGUUAAAGUUCGCCCCAGUUCCAACCAUCAGUGUGGCUCUUAAGUCAGUCAGUUACGUUUCUAAAGUUUGUGCAACAGAAGCAGAACUCACAAUGCGGAGGCCUACAACUCGCUAAAUUGACGAAUAUCAAAGAUUUUGAAGGAAUGUUUGUUAUUUGUUCAUUAUUUGGCUUUUUUAUUUUCUGUGAAGCAACAAAUCGGGAGUCGACUCGACCGAUCACAGCUCCUAUUUGUACGUUUGUCAUCGUGUAGUUUGACCACACACCUCUGUCCCUGUUCAUCGUUACUUUAACAUGUUGCAAACCCACCACCGGGGGAGCAACUGUACAGAGUGUGUUAGCGUACACUUCAAAGUCCAUAGUAGUGUUACUACAGGUUCCUUGUUACUACCUAGACGUAGUAUUUGGAGUAAUGUGGAUUAGUGUAUGGGUCUGUGGUAGUGAGGCCUGUGUUCUGUAUUUACCUGGCACAGAUGUACACAGUGAUGGACUAGUUCAACUAUUCUUGUAAAGCUUUAGUAUUGGGACAGUAUACUACAGUUGCAGUAUUUUCAUCCUGUCACACUCGUAUUAAAGAUACGCUCCCUGAUUCUGCUUUAGCAUUGAAGAGUAUCUCCAAAUCUACGUAAAGGUUUUAAAGAACCUUCGUUUUGACUUUGUUUUUGUAGAAUAAUUGUAAUUUAUGUUCGUCAUUUCUAUGGUCUCACGUGGAAGCCAAUUCAAAAUUCACAAAACGAUGAAGAGAUACUUAAAUUGAAGUGUAUUUCAAUUCAGACACUUUAAAAUAUCUUAAAACUUAAAUUCUGAUCUUAUCAAAGCAUCAUAUUUUGAAGCUUUAUUCCACAAAAGUUCAGGUACUUUAUUCACCCUAAUGCACUCACACAAUAUAUUCGCAUAUUAAUUAUUUUUUUUACCUAAUAUCGUUAUGUGUAGCUUUAACCACACAGUGAAAUUCCCUUGUUGAGUUUUAUACAUUGGAAGGCUAGCAUAUCUGACCUAGCUAAACUAGCUAAAGCAGAGCUAGCCAGGCAACUAGCCACCCUGCUAACUACUGUAGCACAAGUCCUGCUGAUACAUGAAAGUACAUUCACGCUGUUAGUUCACUGUCCCUGUAAAUGUAACAUGGAGGCUGAUCCAAAUAUACCACAAGAAAAUGUACAUUUUUCUGGUUUAAGAUGGUACGAAAUAUUCUUCACGGUAUAUAAACAGGUCUGCAGUUUAGCAACUUAGCUUUAGCCCUAGCUGUCUGUGCUAACUGGCCAUCAGACACUAAGGGUACCGUACAGUGUUGGCCGGUCUAUACGCUCUCUGGCGGCCAUGUUGGAGGCCCUUGGCUGUUCGGCUGACACAUUAUGGCUACGUUCCGUAAUGCGCUGUUUGGUUCUCCCUGCAAAAUUCAAAAAGGACAUUUUAGAACUUCACUAUUCAAGUUUUAGCUGCAAGUUAAUUUCGUAAUUUCAACUAAAUUUGAGUUUUAGGUGGUUAGCUGGCUAACAGUUAGCUAAAAGUCAUCAAGCUGAAAUGUAUCAUUUGUGCACAAGCUAACAAGUAACAUUGUAGCAAAAGAAAGAUAUAAAAUGUCCCCUUUCGGUUUGUUUGAGAAUGUUAUUGAAACUUACGACAAGAUUUCUCAUUUGUUCAUUUCCACUACGUAGACUGUUGAUUUCAAGUUUGAUAUUUUCAUUAAUGUUCGCUAAAUAAUCGCUUGCUAAACGUUCAAUUUGGAUUAAAUUCAUGGAUUUUGGACGCUAGCUGAGGUUCUUAUGUAGAAUGUAGCAAUGAUCCUUCAGAUCCGUUGCAACGAGUCCUUUAAGCUAAACCUCCAUAUUGGUGCCAGACGAGGCUAACACGAUUAGCUGUGGACAAACAGUUACAACAGACCACCAGUAGGCUCUGCUGUGUAUUAAUAUCAAUGUGUCACUGCAACAAAUAUAUAAUAACCCUAUGUUAGCUUGUAGGCUAAUUACUAAAUGUCAAAUAGCCCGUUGAGUUAAAAACCUAACUUGUGUUAGCGGGUGAUUAACAAGCUGAAAUACUCUAAACUCCCUUGUUGCUACUUAGAUACUCGUCACAAGUCAAAUGAUUUAUAUAUUUAUUCAAUUGAAUAUUAUAAUUCAUUUCAUUUGUUGUUUACCAGGUUUUAAUCUCCAAACUGUACUAUUGAGCAUAUGAAACCUAAUGUAUUUAAUAUGCAUGUUAUUUUUUAGUUAAAGAUUUAAUAUAGACAGCUUUUUUCUACUGAAACGUUUCUUUGUCCACCUCAGUUGGUCUAAUGGACCAGGAAGCAUUUUAGAUACCGUCCAUCGCCUGCUCCGUUUCCCUCCAGGGAUCGUUGGUGUUUCAUAUUCUGCGUGACGGCAGUUUGACGCCCUGUAUGAUGACUGAAGUCGGUUUCAUAUUCGCUCUGUGGAUUCUCCAGGUUAACGAAUACAAUCGUGAAGCUGAUGCGAUAAAACGCGCGUGAAGCUGAAUGUUCGGGCCUGUGAGGAACUGUGUGUUAUCAGUGACCUGAAUGAUGCCGACACACACUGACCGUUCGAAACGUGACGAUAAGGAAUCACAUUUAAUUAUUUUUAACAUUAUUAAAAUCACUUUUGAUCUAAAAUCCCUGGUCCGGUCGUCGGUGUGUGUCGAGGUCAUUCGGUCUCUGAGCUGUAAGUAUCAGCAGCUGUCUGUGUGUUUCUGCCCUUUAAUGUUUAACUUUUCAUUUGAGACAAGUUGCCAAAAGUUUUUACAGUAUAUUCGAAAAUGAUGCUCUGGGUUUGAUUUUUUCCUUUCUGUUAAUAUUUUCUACAUAAUGUUCUUAAUUCAGGAGAAGCUUUCCCUCGUGCGUUUCAUUGAUGGAUGUUUCCUGUUUGAGUCAAUCUGUCACUUGAUGCAGCCACAUUUUAAAAAUCUUUAUUCACUUUUUUGCAAUAGCAGGAAUAUUUACAUUUUUUUUGAGGAUUAUCUAAUUUUGGAAUGAAGGUAGAACUGAUGCAGGACUGUCACUGUCUUAGAAUUCUCAGAGCCUUGAAAUUUCAGUUUGUCAGGAGUUUUAUGAAAUGUCUUUGGGAAUGAAUAUUAAAAAUAUAAACACAACAGAUGGUAGAAUAUCUUCUUUACUUCUUAGCAAGUAGAGGAGUCAGAGAACUAAAAUGUUGAGAAGGGUUGAGUUUGGCCCAAAUGUUUGAAAAUCUGAAACCACAGAAAGUUGGAUGAGUUUCAUUGAUGAAAUAUUGAUUAACCAAUAUUUUGAGUCCUGUGGAUUGAUAUUAAAAAGUAGUUUCUAGUGUGAGUAAGAAAAGAGCUAAAAUUAGGUUUAUAUCAAACCUCACUUCAGGACUUUGGGUUCCCACACAAUAUAAAAACACAUUUUGAUUUGGUAUUUUGGUUAAAAUAAAAUUAACGAAACUACCCUUCAAAUUCUUAUAGUAUCAUUAAAAAAAUCCUAUUAAUUUAACAAGAAUAAAUGUAAAUCCUGUUAACAUAGAAUCAACUAUCCCAUUAACAAGAUUAAAAAUUAAUUUUAAUCCUGAUUUAUUUGGUCUCAUGUAAAACUGAAGAAUUAAUUAAAUAAAAACAUUUGAAAUUUAAAUAAAUUUUAGCUAAAACUCAGAUUAAUAUUCUUUUUGUCACGUAAAUGUAAAAUAUUUUAUCUGACGUCUCAAAACAAUAAAAUGUUCAGAUUACAAAUCAUAAUCUAAGACGACAGCUAUUCGUCCGAUCCACUUAAUCCAUGAACAUUACAUUUCUAAGCAUUUAGGAGGGAAACAUGAAUUAUUGAAUAGCAGGUGUCAGACUUGAUCUGUGGCGUUAGAAGUGAUGCAACCUGUUAAUAUUAUUUUUUUAAUGACUGUUUCACCUCUUGUAUGUAAUGUUUCAUGGUCAUUUCCUGAAAACUAACUGUCUCCUGUUUUCUAUGUAUACCAGCUUUUUUGGCUAAAUAAUAAAAUCGUCGCAAACGAUGUGCAUCUCA